AUGACUCACUCGAUCCUACCACAGGUGAACAACACACCUUCAUCACCGCCAAUCCUCCAAAAAUGCGACGAAGCAGUCGCAGUGUCGUCAUCACUGAUCCCUCUCAACGAAGCGCGAAAUCUUUCAUCGUUCGAUCUUGUUCUACAAAAAUCUGCCUCGAUUCAGCGGACAACAUCCUCCACAUCCAAGCAGCACCCGAACUCCAUCCAAGGUGUCAACCAUAAAGCAAGAUGUACUUCAAACAGCAGCAUGAACGGAGCGAGAACCGAGCAUCAAAACAUCGUCAGCAGUCCACCAAGGUUCGAAGCAUUUGCUAGAAGCAUAUAUAGAUCAGUGGGUCAACAACAAGAUCUCGAGAACCAAAGUAUUUCAGGAUUCGCAAGGGCUAUCAAUGGUUCUUCGACGCAUAGCCGAAUUGAAGAGCAUCGUUUUACAAUUGAUGAGCAGGUCGAGCUUGAGACAACGAGCAAAAAGGGUGGCUCUCUGCUGGCUGAGAAUUCGGACGGGUAUGUGAGAUCAGCUUUCGGCGGCCUUUUCGACAGUGAGAGCGGAUUCUCAUUUGUUCCAAUGACAAGCGAGAAUUACAGCGAUUCAUGGUGUCCAUAUAACCUCGACGAACGACAUUCCGAUGGGAGCGAUCAGAGAUGCAACAUCAAGGGACAAAAGGACUGCCAUUUCGAUUUGACGGAACAGGCCGUCUCAGAGCCCUUCAUAACUUCGAAUUUGGGCAAUUUUGGAAGCACUGCAUUUUCGUUUGCGACACGACCUGGUGACGAUGGUGAGCCUUGGCUAGGACAAAUGAUCUCAAGCAACUCGAAUGCUCAUUAUAGUGACUUCGUGUUUGGUGUUGCCCCUCAGAUAUGUCCACGCGAUUCAGCGAAACACUCGUCACAGACUUCGCUAGCCCACGAUUUAAUGGAAUCAGGCAUGCUAGGAUACUGGAAAAGCCCUGUCGUAGCUGAGGCUACCGGGAACAUCUCUCCACACAUGCCAUCAGGAAGAAUUGAGAUGUUCGCCUCUCCUCUCCAGUCACAGAGCUCGAGGAGAGAGCGCGCCAGUGCGCCACUCCGAUCUUCCCAGCAAUCAAUUGUUGGGUUGAAAAGGAAGGCAGAUGCACUUUCUGAAACGGCGUACUCUGUCAAACGGUCCAGCAACUUUUUCCAACCUCUGGCAAAACACUGGCCAAUGCAUGAGAACUUUUCAGAAGCCAUGUUGUGGGAGCACACGCCGCGGAAUAAUCUGAAAACUGGCAAUCGAACACAUGGUGCUGAACAAAACCACGUCACAGAGUGUAGGUACCCGGCAUGGUCCGAUCAAGGUAGCAGGUGA